AUGUCAGAAUCAGAGUAUAUCUUAGUUACUGGUGGUGCUGGUUAUAUUGGUAGUCACACAGUUAUUGAAUUAGUCGAUAAUGGUUAUAAACCAAUUAUAGUUGAUAACUUAUCAAAUUCAUCUUAUGAUGCAGUUUCAAGAAUUGAAUUUAUAGUUGAUCAACAUUUUCCUUUUUUUAGAAUUGAUUUGAGAGAUUCUUCAGCAUUAACUAAAAUUUUUGAAAAAUAUAACAUUUCAAGUGUUAUUCAUUUUGCUGCAUUAAAAGCUGUUGGGGAAUCAACUAAAAUUCCAAUUGAUUAUUAUGAUAAUAACAUCAAUGGUACUAUUAACUUAGUUAAGGUUAUGCAAAAAUUUAAUGUCAAGACCAUUGUUUUUUCAUCAAGUGCAACUGUUUAUGGUGAUGUCACUAGAUUUGGUGAUGAUAGAUAUAUUCCAAUUCCUGAAGAAUGUCCAAUGGAUCCUACCAAUCCAUAUGGGAAAACAAAAUACAUGAUUGAACAAAUUUUAAAAGACGUUUCAAAUAGUGAUGCUGGUUCUGAUUUGAAAGUAGCAAUUUUAAGAUAUUUUAAUCCAAUUGGUGCUCAUCCAAGUGGUUUACUCGGUGAAAAUCCGUUAGGCAUUCCAAAUAAUUUAUUGCCUUAUCUUGCUCAAGUUGCAAUUGGAAAAAGAGAAAAAUUAUCAAUCUUUGGUAAUGAUUAUGCAAGUCAUGAUGGCACUCCUAUUAGAGAUUAUAUUCAUGUUAUAGAUUUAGCAAAAGGUCACAUUGCUGCUUUAAAUUAUUUACAUAAAAUAGGAAAUUCUGGUCUUUAUCGUGAAUGGAAUUUGGGCACUGGUAAAGGUUCAACAGUAUUUGAUGUUUAUCUUUCAUUUUGUAAAGCUGUUGGUAGAGAAUUACCUUAUGAAGUUGUUGCAAGAAGAUCUGGUGAUGUUUUGGAUUUAACUGCUAAACCAGAUAGAGCAAAUGAAGAAUUACAAUGGAAAGCUGAACUAGGUAUUGAUGAAGCAUGUAAAGAUUUAUGGAAAUGGACAACGGAGAAUCCAUUUGGUUUUCAAAUUGACAAUUAUCAGUGGAAAGAGUUUAGUGAUGAUUUAAAUGAUAGAUUACAUACUUUUAAAAUUGAUAAUUUUAAAGUAGGAAUUAUAAAUUAUGGUGCAACUAUACAAAAUAUUCAAAUUGGUGAUCAAUUAUUAGUUUGUGGGUUUGAUAAUGGUUCUGAUUAUAAAUCUUCAAGCAAUCCAUAUUUUGGUGCAAAUAUAGGAAGAUUUGCAAAUAGAAUUAAACAUGGUAAAUUUACAUUAAAUGGUAAAAAAUAUCAAUUGUCUCAAAAUGAAGGUGAUAAAAAUUGUUUACAUUCAGGAUUUAAUGGUUUCGAUAAACAAAAUUGGUAUGGUCCAAUUGUUAAAUUUAACGAUGAUAAAUUUAAAGUUGAUUUUAAAUUGAUUGACAAAGAUGGUAAUGAUGGAUUCCCAGGUGAUCUAGAAACAAUUUUGCAUUAUAUAAUUGGUUAUAAAUUUAUUGAAAUUGAAUAUGAGUCAAAAUUAUUGAAUGGUGAAUCUACAAUUGUAAAUUUAACAAAUCAUUCUUAUUUUAAUAUAUCAAAUGGUGAUUCAAUUGAUGAUACAGAAUUUGAACUUGGUACAGAUCAAUAUUUGAAAGUAGAUGAUGAAUUAAUUCCGACUGGGGAAAUUGCAAGCAUUGGUUCUGCAAAAUUUACAUUAACUUCAGAUAAAUCUUUUGAUAAUUGUUUUAUAGUAAAUGAAAAUGAUGAUAGAAUUGAUACAAGAUCAAAUGAAUUAAAACAAUUGGUUAAAGCAAGUCAUAAAGAUUCAAAAAUUACAUUAAUUGUUUCAUCUACUGAUCCAGCUUUUCAAUUAUACCUGGGAGAUGGCAUAAAUACCGAUGGUUUCAAAAAGAGAAGUGGAUUUUGUGUUGAACCAAGCAGAUUUUUAAAUGCAAUUAAUCAACCAAACUGGUCAAAACAAGUUAUAUUAAAGAAAGAUGAAACAUAUGGAGGUAAAAUUAAAUAUGAAUUCAAGUAG